AUGCAGGUGCACAUGAGCAAUAAAGAAAGAGGAGCAGCAGCAACUUCAGUAUCCCUCCCAAAAGGGAAGAUACCAGUGAAUCUUGAUACAAAUGUAUCUGCUUCUUUUUCAGGGAAAAAUGGUAAAGGGAAAGAGGUAAAUCUGCUGAAGCGUGAGGGAUCACAGAAAAGAGGAAGAAGGAACAAAUGGGGCACGCCUGGUUGCAAGAACUUUAAGAUAUUCACUUUUGUAUACAGAAAAGACAUUCCAAAAGCUUUCUUUUACAGCACUCUCAACUUGAAGAGGCUAGGAAGCUUUAACAGCAAACAGUUUCUGUACUUCAUGAAGAUGAAGAAAGAAGAGGCAUCCAAAGAUGUUGGAAGUGCUAACAAGGCAGAUUCGGGUAGCCAUGUUGGAAACAAGGUUUUGCCCAUAAGUGAGGCACCGUUGUCAUCCUCAGCUGAAAGAAAAGACCAAUGUGGUGAUGAUGCCACAGAAACUAAAGAUCAAAACAAGAAAAAGCCAAUGUCAAGAAUGAAAGAGCUACUCAGAUGGGCUGCUUCUUCCAAGUCAGAGAAAGGAGGGAAAUUCAAUGGAAGAAAGGUUUUAAUGUUCAGAAGGCGUGGAAACCUGAAAGCAAUUCCAGAUGAUGAUCAAGGAUGCACCGAGUCACCCAAGAUCAGUUUCAGAUGGGAUGUGGAAAGCUGCUCCACCACUUCCUCUGUUUACUCAGCAAUCUCAAUAGCUUCCUCAUCAAAAAAUGGAUUUAACCAAAUUUCAACUUCCACUUUAUCCAUCCCUCCCGAACACACUGUCCACAAUAAAUCUGCCAGAAAAGGAAACUGGAUCACAACAGACUCUGAAUUUGUGGUGCUGGAACUGUGAAAGAAUGAGGCUGAAGGGGAUAUUGCAUGUGUGGUGAAGUGUUAGGUGGCAAACUACAUCACAAGUUAAUGCUCUAAAAUGUGUCAUGUUCAUCAUGGAUUAUUUUCUGAGAUAUUUCUAGAGAUUUUAUGUAACUUAACUAAAGAUAGAGAGAUCAAGAGGCAUAAGGAAAAGAGAGUAAUUAAUCAUCUGAAUUUGCUAGAUGGUGAUCAAACAGAUCAAAUGCCCAUGGCCAUGACAUGAGAAUGUUUGCUGUCUGCAUUAUUAGGAGUAUUAAUUAAUUACGUGUUGACUCAACUAAUUAAUGUAGAUGGAACCACUUUUUCCUGUAAAUCUCUUAUAAUCGCCAUUGAUCAUUUUCUCAA